CCUCAACUCCGAGCCCCACCGCCACCAGUGAGUGUUGGCUCCGCUUAUAGCAUCUGACGCCAGAGGGGCUGAAAAUAGCCCCUGGAGAAGGGGGAGAAGAGGACUAUUUAAAGGGCUCCGGAGUGGCCCGGCAGAGCAGAGGGAGCAAGAAGGAAUCAUGGCGACUUCAGAGCUGAGCUGCCGAGUGUCUGAGGAGAACCAGGAACUCCGGGAAGCCUUCUGGGCUGAGUGGAAAGACCUGACGUUGUCCACCCGGCCGGAAGAGGGGUGCUCCCUGCAUGAGGAGGACACCCACAGGCGGGAGACCUACCACCGGCAGGGUCAGUGCCAGGCGGUGGUGCAACGCUCCCCCUGGCUGGUGAUGCGCCUCGGCAUCCUCGGCCGUGGGCUACAGGAAUACCAGCUGCCGUACCAGCGCGUGCUGCCACUGCCCAUCUUCACCCCCGCCAAGGUGGGCCCCGCCAAGGAGGAACGCGAGGAGACCCCCGUCCAGCUGCGGGAGCUGCUGGCGCUGGAGACGGCCCUGGGUGGCCAGUGCGUCGAGCGCCAGGAUGUGGCCGAGAUCACCAAGCAGCUUCCCCCUGUGGUGCCCGUCAGCAAACCCGGGCCCCUGCGGCGUACCCUCUCUAGAUCCAUGUCUCAGGAAGCUCAGAGAGGCUGAGAUGGACUGGACUCAGGCUCCGCUGUGUCUGCCUUGGGCUGGCCGCUCCCUGGCUAGGACCAUGGAGGAGAGCUGCUGGCCAUGGCUGCUUUGUAGUUUGCCCAGAGGUGGGGGCUGUGGGAGGAGGGAGCCAGAGGCCGGGAUGCCUAGGUGUCCCGAGUUCCCGCAGGGAGGGGAGCAAGGAUGGUGGGCACGAGGGGUUGGAGAGCUGAGCACUCUCAGCCCCAGAAGGGACAAGAGAUACUGGUGAGAGGGAGAAGCCCCUGGAAACAGGAACCUGUGGAGUAACAGAGAGAGGACGGACGAGGACUCUGGAAUGCUCUGGGAAGGAAGCCUGGAGACUAGAGGGAGAGGAACGUGAAGAGGGCAGAGGCCGGGCAGGCCCCCAGCACUCUCUGUUAGCGCUGCAAUAAAAGCUCAACCA